AUGACUGGAAACCAUCACGGCCGCAAAUCCCUCUUCAACGACCCACCCCAGCCGCGGCCUAUGCGAGGAGGGAAAACAGCGUACUCGGCUAGGAGCAGUAAUGAACUCGCGCAAGAUUCUGCGAUCGUGCUUACCCUUCACACAGAACGCGCGGUCGGAGCGAUGCUCGCUGCUGAAGGUAUUCACCAGGCGAUCCACCCAGGCGAUUUCCAGGCGGACGCCAACGUCGUUGCCGAAGGCGCUCAACUUCCGCCUGACGAAGUCGCGCAGGCCGGCGCACAGGCGGCCAACGGGCCUGCAGGAGGAGACGCGCAGGCAGCCGACGGGCUGGCAGAUGGAGGCGGGCAGGCGGGAGACGCGCUUGCAGGAGGAGACGCGCAGGAGGCUGACGGACUGGCAGGUGGAGACGCGCAGGCGAACGAUGUCGCUGGCGGCCAAGCAGCUCCGGCGCAAAACGUAGACAAGCGCGGAGCUUUCAAGAGGCUCAGCGGCUUCGUCAAGCAGAUGACGGGCAAGGCAUUCCGCGGCGGGCGGUGA